AUGCAGUUCAGAGCAGAGCUCAGGAUGCAGAGCAGAGCCGAGUUUCAGAGGCUGCACAGAGUGAAGAUCCGGUACAUGUGCGUGCUCGUUGGUCCGGUGAGGAGAGCUAGAGCUGAUGCAGUUCAGAGCAGAGCUCAGGAUGCAGAGCAGAGCCGAGUUUCAGAGGCUGCACAGAGUGAAGAUCCGGUACAUGUGCCCGUUGGUCCGGUGACGAGAGCUAGAGCCAAGACGUUCAAGGCUAAUUUAAUGACGUUGGUGGAAGAAAUCUGGAGGCAAGAACUGAAAAGACCAAUUGGAGAAGGACUGACAGAUCAGAGCUCAAAGGUACACAGAACAAUGAAAUAUUUUCAGGGCGCGACAUUUGUUGUUUUAUGUGCUCUACUUAUAUCAGGUUGUGCUCUGGCAGAAUCGGAUUCAUCUAACUAUGACUACAAAGCCAACAUCCGUUGUAUGGUUGAGGCUUUGGAUCCUCAAUAUGAAGGUGGCAUGGUAAACGAUCCCACGUUCAGCUCGGAUUUGGACGAUUGGAAGGUCUAUGGAAAUGCAAAUAUUGAGAAAAGAAAAUCAACUAAGUCUGAUAACUAUUAUUUGGUAGCAUAUAAUCGAAGUCAACCACUUGAUGGAUUCUCUCAAUCUUUUGAUCUUCAGAAGGACCUUUUAUAUACAUUUUCAGCAUGGUUACAAGUAGAUCAAGGAGAAGAAACGAUACUAGCUUACAUGGUAACUCCUAGCGGGGAACAUAUGGCAGCUGGUUCAGUAAUAGCCAAAUCUGGUUGUUGGUCUAUGCUCAAAGGAGGCUUCACGGCUUAUCAAGAUAUGAAAGCAGAUCUAAUUUUCAAAUGCCCUAACACUAUGAUAGAGGUUUGGAUAGACAAUGUCUCACUUAAAUCAUUUACAAAGGAAGAAUGGCGAGACCAACAGCAGCGAAGCAUCAAUAAGAUUCGGAAAAGAGAGAUAAAAUUAAUGGUGAUGAACGAGGCAGGGGAGGCAUUGGAGGGCGCAAACAUCAACCUGAUCCAAACAAGGCCUCUCUUCACCAUCGGCAGCGGCACCGCCAGUUCCAUCCUCGACUCCAAACCCUACCAAGACUACUUCGCGGCGCGGUACACAGCUGCGACGCCCCACAACGAGAUGAAAUGGUACGCGACGGAGCUCACCCAGGGCCACGAGAACUACACGGUCCCGGACGCCAUGUUCUCCUUCUUCACGCAGAGGGGCAUCGCCAUCCGCGGCCACUGCAUCCUUUGGGACGCCACCAACGCCACCAACGCCUGGGUGCGUGCCUUGCCGCCGCGGGAGGUCCUUCUCGCGGCCACCCGGCGCAUCGCCUCCGUUGUGUCGAGGUACUCCGGCAGCGUGAUCGCGUGGGACGUGAUGAAUGAGAACUUGCACAACUCGUAUUUCGAGAGUGUUUUGGGAGCCAACGCCUCGGCCGUGAUCUACCAGAUCGUUCGAGCCCUGGAUCCCCACACGCCGUUGUUUCUGAACGAGUACAACACGCUUGAAUUCCCGAAAGAUUUGAAGGUGAUUCCGGCCAGAUACAUACACAAAAUUCGAGAGAUCAAAUCCUUCCCCGGCAACCAAGACAUGGUGCUGCGCAUCGGAUUGCAGGGUCAUUUCUCCUCGAGGCCUAAUAUUUCAUACAUUCGCGCCGCCUUUGAUGUUUUAGGCGCAUCGGGGAGUCCCAUUUGGCUCACCGAGCUCGAUUUCAUCAAAAUCCCUACACAGAUUGAGGAUUUGGAGGAUGUUAUGAGAGAGGCAUUCGCGCAUCCGGCCAUGGAAGGAAUGAUCAUUUUUGGAGGGUGGAAGGAGGCGGCGUGCAGAGACGAAUGCAUAAGCAUAGUGGAUUCCACCAACGUGCCGAAGGGCUGCUCGCAGAUGUGCCUCAUCGACAACAACUUCAAGAACCAGCCCAUCGGAGAUAUGGUCGACAACUUGAUCUUCAAUGAAUGGAAGAGUAACAUCACCGCGCUCACCGACAAGGAUGGCCGUUUCUCCGACAAACUCUUCCAUGGGGCAUAUGACCUCACUUGCUCGCAUCCCUCGCUGCCUAAUCCUGUCAUCAAAUCCUUCAAUCUCACCAAGGAGUCGGGCCCUUUUGAAUUUUCCAUCACUCUCAAAUGA